CUCCAAGAUGGCGCCCUCCACGGCUGUACUACCGCUGUUACGUUGUUGUUAUUGUUGUUUUUUGUUGUUUUUAUCGUUUAAAAGCGCUGCUCAACUUCUAAAUGAACCAUGUUACAAACCCAUCAAUGACAGCAGGCCACACUUUGUCCGGACGCGCCCUCGGCCCCACGAGUACACGGACGUGUCUGACCUUCCCCGCUCGUGGGACUGGAGGAACGUGGACGGACAGAAUUACGUGAGCGUCACCAGGAACCAGCACAUCCCGCAGUAUUGCGGCUCCUGUUGGGCCAUGGGAGCCACCAGCGCCCUGGCCGACCGCAUCAACAUCAAGCGCGGGGGAGCGUGGCCGUCGGCGUACCUGUCGGUGCAGAACGUCAUCGACUGCGGGCGGGCAGGGUCGUGUUACGGCGGCGACGACCUGAGGGUGUACGCAUACGCGCACGAGAGUGGCAUCCCGGACGAGACCUGCAACAACUACCAAGCCAAAAGCCAAAAGUGCGAGCUGUUCAACCAGUGCGGCUCGUGCGCCUCCGUGGCGUCGUGCGACGUGGUGAGGAACUACACCGCGUGGAAAGUGGACGAUUACGGCAGAGUGUCCGGCAGAGACCACAUGAAAGCAGAGAUUUACACCAAUGGGCCCAUCAGUUGCUCCCUGAUGGCCACCAAGAGCCUGGAGGUGUAUUCAGGGGGCAUCUUUUCACAAUUUCACCCCCUUUCGCUGCCCAAUCACAUCGUGUCUGUGGCCGGCUGGGGCGUCGCGGAUGACAGUACCGAGUUCUGGAUCGUCAGGAACUCCUGGGGAGAGUUUUGGGGAGAACACGGCUGGGCCCGAAUAGUCACCAGUUCCUUUAAAGGCGGCAAAGGCAACUGGUUUAACUUGGGGAUUGAGAAACGUUGUGCAUAUGGCGAUCCUAUUGUUAUUACUUAGAUGAUUUACUACAGGGGUGGGCGAUAUGCAGCAUGUGUGCCGUAAUAUAAUACUGUGACUCGCAGCAAUCCAAUAAUAAAGGUUCCUCACACUCCUGA